AUGGAAGCGCGGAAAUCGCCGACGUCCGCAAGCACGUCGUCGUCGUCGACGCGGGAGGAGCGCGAGCCGCUCGUGCCCCCCGAGCCGAGCGAAGAGCCGACGCCCCCAUCAAGCUACGGCUCGCAUGAAGCGCUGCCCGUGACCUGCGACGACGAGGACUACGACUAUGUGAUGGCCUUCCCGCACGAGCCGCCGGCGAUCGGGUCGCUGACGAAGCAAGACAUUCUGCACCGCUUGCACCAGGCAGGCUUGAGCUACGAAGAGGUGCCAUCGACGUCAGCCAUCUUUUGCAAGCUGCGCGCCGACACGGAGCGGCUACAGAAGGAGGCUGCACGCGUGCACCUACCGCUGCUGCUCGACGCGACCGAGCUCGCGCAGGUGGCCACGUCGGGCUUGGCAAGCCAUCACAUUGAGCCGUUCGCGGUCGAGAACCCGCCACUGACGUUCCUCGACCAUUUCAAGCGGCCGCGGUACCCGCCGUACGACUGUAUCUACAUGCCGUACGCCAAGCAUGAGCCGCCGUCGAUCUACGCGCCCCACGACGGCGAAUUCUUCUCGGUCAUCCACCGCAUGCAGCUCAUGGAGAGCAUCUUGACCAACGUGCAUGGCGGCGGCGCGGGCCUCGACCUCGAGAACCUCUUGACGCAGGGCGUUAUUCUCGCGUGCUACCCUCUACACAACCGUCCACAAAAGGCGUCGCUGCAGCGGUCGCUCCUCUCGUGGUGCCGGCGGCCGUGGAAGCAGCCGCUCGUUCAGAUCCGCGACUACUAUGGGCCCAAGAUUGCGCUCUACUUUGCCUACUCGGGCCACUACGCGACGUGGCUUCUCGGGCCGGCGCUGCUCGGCCUCGCGAUCACGCUCUGGCAGCUGUACCCUGUCUCGAUCCCUGCGCCGUACGCCGACUGGACCGUGCUGCACUACGUGCUCCCGAUCUACGGCGUGCUCAUGCUCGGGUGGGGCUCGUUCUUCCUCAAGCACUGGUCGCGCCGCAACGCCGUGCUCGCAAUGGAGUGGGGCAUGUCGGACUUUGACCGCGUCCGCAAGACCGUGCUCCUCCCGCAGAUCCCGACCAAGCUCUACCAGCGCCUCCUGCGCUACUCGCUCAGCUGGGGCGCGGUGCUGCUGCUCGUCGUCGGCGCGGCGGUCGUUGGCGGCACGAUCGUCGACUUGUACGCGACUUCGUCGUCGUCGUGGAUCCAGGGCAACACGACGCUGCUCGCGCUCUUGAUCGUCGCGCAAAUUGCGGCGUUUGGUCAUGUGUACAACCUCCUUAGCGUCCGGCUCAACGACUACGAGAACCACUCGACCGAGGCUACGUACGAGCUCGCGUUCCUCCUCAAGUCGGUGGUCGUCGGCCUCGUCAACGCCUUUGCCGCCAUCUUGUACGCAGCGUUUCUCGCGCCAGUUCCCAUCGCGGACCUCCCGUGGCUCAUCUACCGCGUGUACGGGCUCCUCAUUCUGCUGCACCAUGGUAUGUCGCUCUACAAUGCGCGUAUGCUCGCUGUGCAAGCCAAGGCCGGCGACGCUGCCUCGAGCUUUGCAUCGUCGCCCGAGAUGGAGAAGCAGUUUGCGAUGGCUGCCUACGGCGCAUACGAGAGCGCCCGCGACCACUUGACGCUCGUGCUGCACUUUGCUUUUGCGACGCUGCUCGCUGUCGUGACGCCGUUCGUGCCUGUGCUCGCAUUGCUGCAUCAGUUUCUCGAGAUGCGCCUCAACAGCUCCAAGUUGCUCUUCUUUAGCCGCCGCCCGCGCCCGCGCGAAGCCGCCACGCUCGGCCCGUGGCUUGUCGUGCUCCACGUUGUGCUCACGAUCGCGCUCUGCACCAACGCCGCGCUCCUCGUGCAGAUCAACCGCGCCGAUGGCCCGCGCCUUGUCAACAGCACGGCGAGUGGUGACAACGACGCGUCAUCGCUCACGUGGUCGCUAAUCGCGGCCUUUGUGUGCUUCCGCCUCCUCAUCACGGUCGCGUACCAGAACGUCCCGUCGCGCGUCCGCCUCCAGCGCGAGCGGCAAGCGUACUACGUCGCCAAGCUCUACUACAAGGCGUUUGGGUGGCCCGCGCACAUGGAGAAGAGCAAGUCGUCCACGUCGCACCGGUUCGACUAUGCGCUCGUGUUUCCCAACCCCGAAGGGCCGAGCUGCCGCGACCCGCUCGCGAUGAAUGCGGUCCUCGCGCAGCUCGACGCGGCCGGCCUGCAGUACAAGGUGUACCCGUCGGACGAGAAGCAGUCGACGUACAUGGCGUCGCACGUGUUUUGCGAAGUGCGCGCGACCGAAGGCCAACUGGCCGCCGAGGCCGCACGCAUCCGCCUCCCGAUGCUCCUCGACGAGAUGGUGCUCAAGGACAAGGCGCACGAAGGGGUGUUUGACUCGCUCCACGGCCGGCUCGUCGAUAUGGUCGACCGGCUCCGGUCCGAAGCGCAGCGUGUGCACCUUGUGUUGCUGCUGCAAAACAUGCUCACGCAACCGGCGUUCCUCGGCGACCUCGAACACGACUCGAUGCACGGCACGACGAGCAUGAUGGCGGAGAAGCUCGAGUCGUUCUUGGCCGCGCUCGACCACCGCGACGUCCGCGCCGACCAGCGCUUGACGCUCGAAGCGCUUUUGCACGAAUUUAAGGAGCGUCUCGAUGUGGACAUUGACGGCGAGCAGUUUCGCGACGACGACAAUGCACUCGAGAGCUGCCUCUACCGCAUGGAGAGCUGGCUCGGUGGCGCGGCGCCCGUCUUGCGCAGCGUCCGCCACUUGGACGCCCCGGUCGAGCCAUCGGCGACGAUCUCGCAAGAACGCAUCAUGCGCCACAUGGUCCACGAACUCGAGUGGCUCCGCGCCCAAGCGCCGCUCAACGAGCUCUACCAACAACAGCACGCGUGGAAGUUCAACCUCGGGCACUGCGUGUGGUUCAUGGAGCAGCUCCUUUUGCACUGCGACGUCUCGCCGUUGCAGCUCGUAGCGCGCAACGCCGACUCGCCCCUCAAGUGGUUCCACAUGCACGACUACGUGGCCGAGUUUGACUCGGACAAGCUCUUCCCGAACGUGACGGUGCUCUUGGACGAGUGCCAGUGGCUGCUCGCGAUUCCUGCGAGCACGCCGUACAAGGCGUACCAAGAGUUCCGCGCGCGCCACCCGUCGUCGCUCGUGCUUCCGCUCGUCGAUGCGCUCGAGCGCUUUAUCAUUGCGACGCCCGACGUGGACAUUGUACCGUUCUACCUCGGGACGCCGGACCCGCGAUACAACCUCUUGGCCAAGCGCUUCAAGUACCGGCCGUACCAGUAUCUGCACAUGCCGUACACGCCGCUGCGGCUCUCGAAAUGGCAAGACAUUUAUGCGCCGACGAAUUCGCACUCGGCGUUCUUCCCGCAGCAGCGCGCGGUCCUCCUUGACAGUCUCCUCUCCCAGCACAUUCAGCUCGACGAUCUGCUUGCGUCGCACGUGCUCGUUGCCGCAUACCCGCUCCAUGACGAGCCGGAGCUGCGCCGGUUGGAGACGACGUGGCGCGGCUGGAGCAUUGCGCAGCCGCUCGAAGCGAUCAAAAAUUACUUUGGCCCGGCCGUCGGCAUGUACUUUGGCUACCUCGGGCACGCAACCAAGUGGCUCGCGGUCGCGGCCGUCGGUGGCAUCGCGCUCGUGCUCGCGGAAGCGUUUGACGCGUCGCCGCUCGUCGAUGCGGUUGGUCUGCCGGUGUUUGGCGUCGCCAUGGUGGUCUGGGCGACCUUGUACAUCAAGCACUGGACGCGCGCCAAGGUGAUUCUCGAGCUGCAGUGGGGCCUCACGACCGACGACGGCGUGAGCAAGCCGCAAGUGCCUCUCGUGCGCGCUGCGUACGCUGGCGACUUUAUCCGCAACCCGGUCACGGGCCAAAAGAUGAAGUACUUCCGCAAGAACGCCCGGCUGGCUCGUCUCGCGUUGAGCUGGAUGGCGCUUCUCGCAGUCAUCGUCGUCAACGCCGGCGGGGUCUACGGCCUCUUUUACGCCGGCGAGAAUGCGCUGCUUCUGCAGCCGACGCUCAGCGUGCCGUUCCUUCAAGGUCUCUGGCUGCUCUUGAUGGACGCGGUCUUUGGCCCGAUCUGCGCUGCGCUCACAACGUACGAGAACCACCGGACCGACCUCUCGCACGAAGACGCAUAUGUGCUCAAGGCAGCGAUCUUCAUGAUCCUCAACUGCUUUGGGAGCCUCGGCGCGCUCUUCGCCCUCGUGCCCGACCCGCUCCUGUUGCCGACGCUGCGCACGGCCUUGUACGUCCUCUACGGCGUGCAGAUUGUGUACCGGGUGGCCUCGAGCGUGCUUGCAUUUGCGCUGCCGUCGGCGCCGUCGCGGUCGACCGAAGCGCAGUUUUCGCAGGGCGAGCUCGAUGGCACGCUGCUGGUCCACGCGCACCUGCAGCGCGUCUUGCACUUUGGCUACGUGCUCCUCUUUGUCGUCGCGUGUCCGCUCGCGCCGCUCCUCGGCUUUGGCCACCACUUUGUCGAGAUGCGGCUCCAGGCGCUGACGCUGACGGGGUAUGUGCGCCGCCCGCGGCCGCGCCCGAUCGCGCGCCAGUGGUAUCUGGUCAUGCUGCAGUGGGUGCUCACGCUGGCGAUUGGCGCCAACGCGUAUCUGGUCGUGUACACGAGCCACAUUCUGGACACGCACGACCAGCUGAACGUGCUCCAGUCGAUGGACGGCUUUUGCGGCCUCUUGAUAGUGCUUCUCUUGCUGCGGUCUGCGGUCAACGUCCUCUUCUCCGACUUGCCGCUGCGCGUCACGUCGCAGCUGGAGCGGCAGUCGUUUGUCGUCGAGCGCAUCUUGCUGGAUCAACCCAUGUACCUCGCCGACCCAGCGCCAAAGAACGCGGGCAGUACCAGCAUGCUCUUGCUGCGUCGCGGCAGCAGUAUGAGCAGCGAGCGCGUCAGCGACGUCCACGACGAGGACCACGUCUCGGACGACGAAGAGGAAGAAGGCUUUGUCUAG